CAGUACUUCAUUCUGCAGACGGUUAUUCAAAUUCGAAAGAAGUUUUAAUCAACCACAGAAAGCCUUUACUCACUUUGUCGAAAUAUAAUGAUAUUAUACAUUGUUGACUAUCCUAUGCAAAAAAAAAUUUUGUGAGCUAUAUCGAGGCUACUGUUUAAAAACAAACUGCGUUUCAUUUGAAGCUGCUAAUUAUCUUCAGGAACAAUUACAAGAUGGAAAAUACUGGAAGACAAAAAUUCCUAAGAACACACAUAAGGGUCACUGGCCAAUACAAUUUUGGGAGAAUAUCAUUAAUGAGUAAUCAUCACGUUUCACUCAGGACUGAACGUUAUCAGUUCGGAAAAUCCCUGUUGUGCCUUGGCCUGUGCCUUGCUUGCCUGCAAGUUGUUGUAUCUGAUUUACCUGAAGGUUGCACUUCUGAAGAUCUGUCUGAUUGCACUUCUCUGAAGACUCGGUGUGAAGAAUCAUUGCCUGAGUGUGAAUGCGAUUUCUACAAUAGUAUGGGUUUGCUGACCUGCAAGAAUAUAAGCAAUUUCGAAAUGUUUGCUCAAAAGCUGUCAGAUGGAUCGCUGUUCGAGGUGAACACAACUUUUAAUAUUUUACUGUCCGGACAUAGAGUAUUGCCCCGUGGGUUCCUCAAUGGACUCAUCGUACAAAAACUGACUAUUGACGAUAUACAGACGGAGCAUAUAGAAAACACAGCAUUUGAUGGAACAUUAAAGCUUAAAGUAUUCACUGUGAAGCUCAGUUCUAUAAAGGAAAUUCCAGAAUUCCAAACCAUUCGGGGAUCCUUGGAGAUCUUGAAUCUGGAGAACAGCCUUCUAACAUCCAUCUCAGGUGACAGACUGAAAAACCUGACCAAUUUACGGAGGGCUUCCUUCGCAAUCAACUCUAUUCGAUAUGUGUCACCAGAUGCGUUUCAGGGUACGGACAACUUGCUCUCCUUCGACAUGUCGUACAACCAACUGAGGUCCUUGCCUCCAAACUUGUUCAACUCCUGGAAAAACUUGAAGAGAGUAUCACUGUCAUUUAACCUAUUGCUGCAUGUUGAUCAGCUGUUUGCCAUGACUCAUCCGAUGUAUAUCUUCUUGGAUCACAACAACCUGACAGACCUAGAUUCUAUAAUCCAUCCUGACAUGCAUGAACUGAAAACAUUGCAAUUGUCUUACAAUCCCAUAUCCAUGAUCACAGACCUUUCUUUCAAUGGGAAAAUAAACAAAGCUCGCUUCCUUUACUUGGAUCACUGCCUCAUUCGCGAGUUCAAAGCGAGUCACUUUCAAAAUCUUUCCAGGCUGAUAACGCUUGAUCUAAGUCACAAUCUCAUCGAAGAUGUCGCCAAUCAAAGCAUUCAGUUUGGAGGACUUGACCUUGAAAUAGAAUUCACUGGCAAUAAUAUCAAGGAAUUCAACGUAAGUUUUACAAGAAGAAUAAGAAGUUUGUUUUUGGAAAAAAAUCUCUUGACUUCCCUCGGUCAAAUUCUUCGGCAUAACUCGAUUGUUUUUGUAAGCAUGGCUGAAAACCGAAUCCGCACACUAGGUCCUGAAGAUUUUCGUAAUGUUGGUUGGAUCGAAUCAAUUAACCUGCAGCGCAACUGGAUUUCUGAAAUGCACCCUUCUACUUUCAUAAGUGUUCGAAGAGAUCUCAAAUAUUUGGACCUCAGUCGAAACCAAAUUCGGUCCCUCCAGGGCAGUGUCCGUUACCUAUCUAUGCUCAUUUCGCUCAACCUCACUGGUAAUAAGAUAGAGUCGUUCGAGGAAGGUGAAUUUCGAGAAUUGAAACAACUGCGUUAUCUCCAUUUGGAUGGAAACCUCAUCACGACGCUAGGCAAUGAGUUGCGGGAUCUGUAUUCUUUGCGCAGUCUAAUCGUUAGCAAUGAUAGAAUAUCCACGCUGAAACGCGAACAGAUUCCAGAGAAUUUGAAACUUCUUUAUUUAGAAGGCAAUCCUAUCAAGUGCGAUUGUCAGUUGCUGCCUUUCCUCCACCACCUCAACUCUUCUUCUAUCAAAACGGAUACACCAAUAUGCACGCCAACCAUCCAGAUAACCCUGCUACCCCCUGCCGAGUGCCCAGAUGGGUGUAACUGUUCUUGCGCACAGAAUGAAGGUGACCACUUCAUGUCCGUGGACUGCAGUUCCGCAGGACUUACUGAACUGCCACACCUUUUCACCAAUGAAUCCGGAGAGAACAUCACAUCAGUGGCAAUCCACCUGCAUCGUGGUAUCCACUUUUCCCAAGCUGGUCCAAUAAUAAUCGCAGAUGCUAUUGGAAGUCUAAAUCUGACCGACAACCACUUGAGAUCUCUGGAAGGGGCUCACUUACCGGACAGACUGAGCCAUCUGUUUUUAGGGAGCAACGAUCUUCACAAACCUCCACCCUCUCACCUCUUUUCUUUGGAAAAUCUGAGAGAAGUGACACUGUCUGGAAAUCCAUGGUCUUGUGACUGUGCAUCGUUACCGUUCAAGGAAUGGAUGCACUUGAAGUCUGAAAUCUUGGUAGAGGCCAAUGAAACUCGCUGUGGACCACAAUCUUCUGAACUUGCUGGGCGUUUGAUUGGAUCAUUGACCAAUUUGGAUCUUUGUCCUGGAAGAACAGAAUUUCCUGCAUCGCAAAUAACUUGAAUCACGUCUCCAUUAGAACAAAAGAGAAAUGGGUGCAAUGUUUGACUUUGACUCUAAUGGCAGUUCUUCACUGAUUAAAGAUGCUACUAUGGUUGUCGUUUUUUUUAACUUCAAAAUCAACUCAAGCAUUAUCAAAACUGCUUCAAGUAAACCUAUUAUCUGAAAUGUGAUUUUGAUAUUACUGAAUUUUUGUUUUAAUGCCAAAAAUAUUACACUUUCUUAAU